AUGGCGGACGUAGCAGCAGCAGCAGCACCAGCACCAGCGAAGAAGGAUAAGAAGGCCCCACAGGAGGAGGUGGUGGCUCAGCAGGCAGACCAGGCCCAGGUCGGUCUGAUCAUCAAGGUACUCGGCCGCACGGGGUCCCGUGGUAACGUGACGCAGGUCCGUGUCCGCCUCAUGGCGGAGGAGGGCUCUCCUGACGCGAACCGCACUAUUGUGCGCAACGUAAAGGGACCGUGCAAGGAGGGCGAUAUGCUGUCACUGAUGGAGACGGAGCGUGAGGCCCGCCGUCUGCGUUGA